UAGUAAAAAUGCUCCUACCCAGAGGCUGGGCACAGGCCCAGACCAUGUGUUCUAGGAGCACAAGGAUUGUGCAGGGCUCACCUCUUGGAAGGAGCAGAGCAGGCUCCCUUCAGGGAGAGCACACUCUGACCCAUAGAAGACUUUCCCAGUCAUCAUAUUCCCAAGAACUAUGAGAUGCACCAACCUGCCUGAAUCAGACUCCACCUUCAGAGCCUCCCUCUCCCUGACCCUUAACAUCACUGAUGAGCUCCUUCCCUGGUACAGCAGUGUCACCCCUGUCAUAACACAGUCAUCGAUAUCUCCUGCAGGAGUUCCUGCCAUUGCUGAAGAAGGCUGCUCAGCAGAGCACCCAGACAGGCCUGAGCUGCAGCAAGGCCGCCAUUCUCAACAUGUCCAGCAUAGCUGCUUCCAUAGAAGUAGUUCCACUGUGGGAAUUACGGAAAACACCCAGCUACCGUUGCAGCAAGGCUGCUCUGAACAUGAUCACCAGGUGCCUGUCCUUGGAGUACAAAGACUGUGGGAUUCUCUGCACUUCUAUCCACCCCGGCUGGGUGAAAACCAGAAUGGGAACAGAAGCGGCCCUACAGACCGUGGAGGAAACCACUCAAGCUAUCCUGAAGAUUAUUUCCACACUCUCUGAGAAGGAGAAUGGCUCCUUCAUGGGCUGGGACGGAAAAAUCUAUCCCUGGUAAGACAUGAGCUUUCCAAGUGUGAUUAGAUCAUAGAGGUGUCUGCAGUGUUGCCUGUACCUGACACCCCAAUAAACAACCUAAGCUGAAUUACAACCUGUUUCUUGACCCUUUCUCCUCUGCUGCUCCCUGAUACAGGUGGGAGAUCCAUUCAACACUGCUAUGCUGUUACUGACCCAUCUAGAGACUGAACUAUCAGGUACCUCAGGCGGGUACAGCUAGUCCUAGAGGUGGGCAAGAAGGGUAGUUGCCCUCAGUACUAACUUCCGGGGGCACAAAACUGCUCUCUUUUUUUUUUGGCUCCCCUCCAACUGGCUGGCGCUAUGUGCGUGUGUGUGCGCGCACGCGUGCACGCUUCCGUGCUCGCUUGGUUUCUCGGGAAUAGGUGGGGCCAAAAAUAUUGGAAACAUUUUCUGCCCUGGCUGGCAAGACAGCUAGGGCCACUCCUAACCUUGGGCCUGGGGGUGGAAAACAUGAAUUGCAGGCCCAUCAUUGUGGAUGACACAUGUGUGCCAUACCAUGUGAGUGUGUCUGUGUGAUGGCCCUGCUCUGCACAAUGAACUGCGGACAUGUCACAAACAAUUAGACAGAGAGAAUGUUUGUCAAGUCUGUAUUUUGCUGAAAAACCAAAGAUCCCAGUCCCACUGCAUCAAUGCUGGGAUGACUCACUGCAAACCAUGGAGAGCUGCAUGGGUUGCUCUUCUAGCAAGGAUCUAGGAGUUCUAGCCAACCACUUUUGUUUGCUGCCUCGAGUAGGAAAUGUGCGCAAGCUCAUGGUCAAGUUUCUUCUAUGGCUGUUGGGGCAUGUGGUGAGAGGAUUCCCAUUUCAGCCAUUCUAAACAGGGAGGAGUUGACACUAAACUGGGAGGAGUGGUAGAUACGGUGGAGGGUAGGGAAAGCAUGCAGAGGAACCUAGACAAAUUAGAGGAUUGGCCCAAAAGAAAUCUAAUGAGGUUC